AUGAUAUCCUUAUCGUUUGUCUUUGCAGAGGCUUACGUGAAUCUGGGCGCGGCGUUGGCCUCCGUUGGACGUGGAACGGAAGCGGCUGCGGUUUUGCGAGCCGGCGCAUCCUUGGACGGUUCCGGCCUCAAGGACAAGAGGGCUCACGAGGCGGCCAGAGUACAGGCCCUCCUUCAAUUAGGCGCCCUUUACGCCGAUCAGGGCAGAUUGCAAAGGGCCCUGUCCGCGUACAGAGAGGCACUGCACGCGUUGCCGGAUCACUAUCCACCUCAGAGCGUUUACAAUCUGCUGGGAGAAACUCUGUCGAGGCUGCAACAGUACGCGGAAGCGGAAAGGUGGUUCCAGGCGAGUUUGGCCAGCCAGCCUGACCACGUGCCGGCCCACAUCACUUACGGGAAACUUUUGGCCCGAAACUCGAGCCGUGUGCUGGAGGCCGAGAGAUGGUUCCUGAGAGCCCGUCGGUUGGCGCCGGACGACUCGAGCGUGCACCACCAUUACGGACUGUUCCUGACGUCGCAGGGUCGGCUAUCGGAGGCGGCGGAGGAGCAACUACGGGCCGCCGAACUUUCCAGAUCCGAUUACGAGCUGUCGAUGGCGGCGGCGUCCGCGCUGCGGCAAGCGGACCGGCUGGACGACGCGGAGGUGUGGUACAGGCACGCGGCCAGCCUGAGGCCGCACGAGGCGCGAAGUCACACGAACCUCGGCGCGAUUCUUCACCUGAAUGGCAAAUACAAGCAAGCGGCGGCCGCUUACAGCGAGGCGUUGAGGCUGCAGCCCGGCGACGCGACCACCAUCAUGAACCUGCACAAACUGGCGGCGAUUCUCGCGUGACCUCCGCGAGUCACGCGGCCGCCGCCUCGACUCGAACGUGUGGAAACGAGCGUGUGUACGAUACGACCCCCAGGAAGGAUCCACCACCAACGACUCGCCGUAUUCCCCGAACCCCCCACGUCACCCCGAUCUUCCUCCCGAUAUUCGUUUGUAAUCCGUUGACCGGCACGCCAACGUCGCCGGGCAAAAAAAGCGUCCGGGGACAUUGACGCGCUAUCGACUCGGUAUCGCCUGCUAUGGUAUGUAAAGAAUAAAGCUUCCUUUAUUUUUCUCUAA